AAAAGUGGGCCCACAUAAAGAAGGGUGCACCGAUGUUUUGGCGCACGCCUUACGAAUCGUAACGAAAUUCUUCAGUUCUACAAUUCUGAUCACUUGAGAACAUAAAAAAUAAAAUGAUUUCCCGGGUUGGCAUGAGAGCUCCAAGAGCCACAAGAAACUUUCAAACUUCUGCCGUUACAAUGAACUCAGUGUACGGCUCCCCAAAAACUGGUAUUUAUUCCAACUUGCCAUUCAAAGUUAAGGACAGAAAGAUUCCUUUUGGUAUUGUGUGGUGGGGGACCUACGGAUUCUUCUUUGCUUUCCCAUUCUUGACCUCUUACUGGCACAUGAAAAAGUCUGGAAAUUUAGCUUAGAUGUGUACACGAAUGAAUACAUGGAUACUUUCACGUGAGAAAUGUUCAGAUUAUUGAAAUUUUUGUCAUGGUAGACCGUGUUGUGUCGAAGUAUAGUU